GUAACCAAAUUGACCAACCACAGUCGGUUAUUUUUUAAAUUUCGCUGUGCAUUAGCGCCCUCUUAGGAAUAUCGUGGCCGGAAUAUCAAACAUACCUCGUAAUAAGCAUGGAUAGUGUCUUUCAUAGUUUCUUUUCUCCUAGUUUUCUCGCGAGUACUUUGUGCACAUUUGUGAAAAACUAUGCAAGUAAAGUUAACUUAUAGUGUCGAAUAUUAAUAUGCAAAUAUUUAAUUUUAAUCGUGUUUGAUUAUUAUCUACAAUAAUUUACGAUAAAGACGCGAUUAAAGUAUAAUAAAUAACAUGUCCAUGCUUGCGGAAUCCCGGCGAAAAAAGAAAUGGUCUAUCGACCCACAAGGAAAGCGAUGGAGUAAAGACAAUGAUAAAAUUGGUCAGAAAAUGUUGGAGAAAAUGGGCUGGACCAGUGGAAAAGGAUUGGGUAUUAACGAGCAAGGUAUUACAGAACAUGUAAGGGUAAACAAGAGGAAUCCUGAAAGUGAAAGAGCUGGUAUAGGAUAUAAUAAUUUGUAUAUGCAAGAUAUACAUGAACAUCAGGACAAAUUUAAUGAAUUCUUACAACAACUUGCAAAUCAUCAUAACCAGGAAGAAACUAUUGAAAAAUUGGAAAGUAAUGAAGAUCUAACUAGGCAAUCAUUGGAGCUAAAGUCUAAACAAAGUUGUGCUCGAUUGCAUUAUCAAAAGUUUACACGUGGGAAAGUUGUAAGUAAAUAUAGCACAAAAGAUCUGGCAAACAUUUUUGGUAAAAAGGAAUUGACCAGUAAAACUGAAGUAGAAGAAGAUAAUAAUAUUUGUGAAAAUGAAGCUAUUGAUACUAAAGAUAAAUGGGGUGGUGUUUUCACCAUAAACAGUGGCAGCAUGGCUGAUUAUUUUAAACAAAAGCUACAAAAAGACUUAGCAAGUAAUAUCAUUGAUAACCAAAGAGCUAAUUCUGAAAGUGAGACUGAGCAGUAUGUUGGUUUUGGAUUUACAUCAAAAACUGAAAAUAUUCUGUCCAAUGGAAUACCAAAGAACAAAAAUGAAAAAAGCAAUUAUGCUUUUGAUAAUCCUUGCUUAAGAUUAAAUAGUUUUCCAGAAACUAUGCUUAAUACUGAGGAUUCUUCCAAAAAAAAUAAAGAAAAAAGGAAGAAGGAAUUUGUCUCAGAAAGUAUUGAUUUAUAUGUUGAUGAAGCGAAUCAAGUUAAUGCCAGAAAGAAAUUAAAAAUUGAAAUUAUAGAUAGUAAUUCCAAAGAGGGAUUCAUGAAUCCAGCUCUGAAUUUAGACACAAAACCUGAUGAAGAUUGUAAUGGUAAAGAAUUUGAAGUAUCAAGAGCACAAUUCGGUUUAGAAAAUUGUGGCCUGGAUCUGACAGAUGAAAAAAGUAAUAAAAAACGUGUAACAUUUAAUGAUCAUGUAGAAUACAGCAUAGAUGUCACAAAGAGAAAGAAAGGAAAAGCUACAUUAGAUAAAUUUGAAGUAGAAAAUAAAAAACACAAGAAGAAGCGACAAUAUGAGGAUGUUACAACUUUGUCAAAUGGAUUUGUUAAUGAGGCAUUAGAUGUGGAAAUAUCGUCUGCAGAAAUUAAUGAUAAUGAAUUGAAUGAACACAAAAGUACGAAGAUUAAAAAAAGGAAGGUACGUAAAACAUCCAAUCUAGAGACGAUACAAGAAUCACCUGAACAAGAAAAAGAAAUAAUUGAAAUCAAGUUGGAAGAAGAUACUACUUUGGAUAUUAGUUCUGCUGAAAAUAAAGAAAUAGAUUCUGUGAAUAAAAAUUCAGAGAAGAAAAAGAAAAAGAAGAAAGAAGUCAAAAUUAUAGACAAUGAUAUUAUAACGACUGUUGAGAAUGAAAAAUCAGAUAAAAAAAUAACUUAUGGAACACAUAGUAAAGAAAAAGAAAAGGACAAAGAAGAAUACGAAAUUGUGUCAAAAGAAGUGUUGGAGAAAUCAGAAAAGGGACAGCAACAGACUGAUCAUUUAGUCAAUAUUAAGAAGAAAAAGAGUAAAAAACGGGAAACAAUUAUAAAAGAUCCGACAACAGUUGAAACGUCAUUAGUUGUUACGACAUCAAAAGAAAAAAGUGUGCUGUUAGAAGAAAAAAGUACUGUAAAGAAGAAAAAGAAGAAGCAUAACAGUAAAGACAAUUAUUUAGAAAAUGAAAUUAACAUGUGUGAUAUGGAACAGGAAAUUUCUGAUAAGGAAAAUACAGUGGAAGAACAAAAGUCGAAUACCAAGUUACAAAAGAAAGAUAAGAAACAUAAACGAUCAAAAGAUACAUUAGGUACUAAAAGUUUCACCAAUCACAGUGUAGAUGUAACUGAUGUUAAUGUUAUUAGUAAUCAAGAAAAUGUAGAUAAUGCAGAAUUUAUUGAUAUCCCUCCAAAAAGGAAUCAAGCAAUUGAUUCUAUAAAUAACGUAAUCUGUAGUCCUUGGAAUAGGAAGACAAGAAUGACUAAGAAGAUACUGAAGAGACUUUUCUAUGGGAAUCUAAUAGCGAAUUUUCCUGGUUCUAAUGUUCAAGAAAUUAAAGGAUAUGGUGUGGAUAUUAACGCGCUCAAGCGUGAAAAUAUCGUCGAUCAUCGAGAAUUGAGCGUCUCGGGGAAUGGACUUGCAGCCGAGUGAAAUUUCGGUAUUCGCGUUACGGUACUCUGGAGCUUGAGACACCGACGUAUUACGUAUUACGACGUAUCACGUUUCUUCGCAGCCAAAAGAAAAUCUCGCGUGCGAAUUGUUGCCAGCAGCGCAGAGUCGUGGUGAAGGUA